CAUGGCUUAUGAGAGAACCUAUCGCCCUUACGAGCGAACUGGAAAAUCCGAGGAGCAGUUCUUCAAAGAGAAUGAAAUAAAAGAGUUUUGGAGAAAAGAGAGAAGGGUGAGCUCUCUAUACAGAAGGUAGACUACCUCAAACAGAACAUUUUGAGACAGGUGAAUCUCUCUGUGGCAGAGGACGGCAGGUUGCACUUUGGGGAUGUUGUAAUGCUGGUGAACAUGGGAGGAACAAACAGAGAUAGCAGUGCAAUCAGCAUCAACGCAGACAUCGACAGUUUAACGGCGCCUCCUACACCUGUCAUUAAAGCACCAUGUGAAAUCACAGCAGGAAGAAAUGUCCAGCCGUUCACACGCACAGCCUUUGUUAUUACCAGUGUUGAUGGCAGCCCUGAAGGAUCAACUCUACAUUAUGAGCAAAGCUUUGCCCUCAAAAGUACAAGUGGCUUUGCUGGAGGACUUUGCAUGACUAGUGACCUGCGGACUUUUCAAAAGUGUGCAAAGAAGUCCCGCCUGCAGGAAGUAAAUUUAGAUAAUGAUGCUUCCUUUACAUCAUGGUGGAAGAUUGUGCACUUUGACCCCCAGGAAAGACUUGAAUAUGAGGGUCAGCCUGUUCCUGCUAAUGUGAAAGUGGUGAUCGUGCACUGCAAGACAAACCAGGCUCUUGCUGUUUUGGAUAGUCAUAUCAUUUGGACCAGAUAUGGGAAUGAAUAUGAAGUGACAGCUCACACCUUCUUGGACUCCCACAAAGCUGAACAGAACAACAACCACUGGAUUGUGUGCACGUCUGACCCUGCAGGGGUGCUCCUCCAGGCAAAUGCUGGCAUAUAAAAUUGAACAAAAUUGACUGUAAUUGGACCAGUAUGGUUGGAAGUUUUGCAUUAAUAAUAUCAUCUAGGAAAAAGUGUAAUUAAAAUGUUUGUGUUGUUUUUGUGAUGGUAACAGAUUUAUUUAUCAUGUGCACAUCAGAAAUAUUUCACACUGGACUCCAACUGUUGUACCACCAGAGGGUGUGAAAGUACUAUUUGUCAGACCAUCAUUACAACCAUUGUGGUGCCCUUGAUUUACCAACUCAGUGUUAUUGCUCAGUGGUCACUAUAUUAGACUGUUGUA